AUGAUUAUCCCCUUGUUCAAUACAGGUGACCUUCAAGUAAUUUAAUAUAAUAUAUUAUUGAGUACCAAGUUCUAAUAAAGAUAAGGUUGACUUUACUUGGUUGGCUUUUUAACUCGAUGACUCCGUAGGUGAUGGACCAAUUGAACUUAAAAUCUUUUGGUCAGAAAUUUCAAAUGAAAGUAUCAAGAAUAGCUACUCCUAUAAAAUAAAUUUUGACCUUCUCCUGUUGCAAUAGAAAACAAUGA